CGAUCAGGAGAUGUGCGUCAGCUCUGUCCGCCCCAGCAAAUCAGCGACCUAUGCAGUGUUCAUUGGGCUCGAGCUUUUGUCAAGCUAGGUGAUGGCGAUGCUGAACAUGAACCAGGUGAGUUAGAAUGUUGGGCUGCAAUCGAGGCGCAGCUUCUCGGAGACAAAUCUACGUCCAAACCUAUUACCACAUUUGAGGAGGGUUCUGCCAUGUACGCUGGUAUGGAUUUCCAAGAUCUUUCCGAGACUGUCCGUGAUCAACUUAAACUAUUAGCUGACAACAAGCAAAAAGAGUCGUUUGCGCCACCAGGUAGAUAA